AUGUCACCGUUUCAAUACGGUAUUGACUUUGGUUUGAUCGGUGGUCUUCAGGCCAUGCCUGGCUUUCUUGAAAUCUAUGGCCACAAAGACCCCACCAGCCCGAUCGGAUACAACAUCUCUCCUGGCCGCCAGCAACUAAUCUCCUCCCUCAUGACACUGGGCGCCUUCAUCAGCUCUUCCAGCGCCGGUAUCUUCGCAACAUGGCUCGGUCGCAUUCCCUGUCUGUGGAUGGCAUGCGCACUGUGCUGCGCGUCCAAUGUGAUCAUGAUGAGCACCACCAACAUGCACGGCCUAUACGCGGGUCGCUUUCUCAUCGGAAUCGCCAACGGCUGGUACAUGACCUUUUCGCAGCUGUACAUUCAGGAGAGCUCUCCGGCUCGAUAUCGCGGUCUGCUUAUCGCUGUGUUCCAGUUCUGGACAAGCAUCGGCACGCUCAUCGGAACCGUCGUCGAUAAUUCGACGCAUUCUAUCCCUGGAAGGGAGUCGUAUCUCAUUCCUCUGGGCAUCAUCUAUAUUGUUCCAGUCUUCAUGGCGGUCGGGAUGUUCUUCAUCCCCGAAUCGCCCCGCUGGCUGUUGCUCCAGGAGAAGACCGACAAAGCACGGAAGAGUCUACUAUGGAUGCGUCCGAAUAAGGAUGCCGUUGAAGCGGAGAUGGCAGAUAUCCAGUCGGCGAUCUACGCUGAGAAGGAAGCUGCUAGCUCUGCAUCAUUCAUCGACAUCUUCAAGAAUCCUGUCGACAGGAGACGUACUUUGCUUGCCGUGGGCGCCAUUUCAACGCAAGCUGCAUCUGGCGCUAUGUUCAUGAUUGCAUACGGAACAUACUUCUUCGAGAUGGCCCACGUCGGCAACGCCUUCCAAAACACAUGCAUUCUCACCGCUGUCGGUGUCGUCGUCAUCAUAAUCAACAGCUGCGUCAUCUCUAAGAUCGGCCGUCGCCGCGUGUUCCUCAUGAUCGGCAUGACAGUCUGUGCGAUAUCACAAUUCAUUGUCGCCGCCGUGUAUCACGUCAAACCAAACACCGUCGGAACUGGAAAGGUCAUCAUAGCCAUGUCCGUCAUCUACAUCUGCGGAUACAAUGGAAUGGUCGCGACAUACGCCUGGCUCGCUGGAGGUGAAAUACCAUCGCAGCGUCUUCGCUCAUACACUUUUGGUAUCGCCGCUGCUGUUGGCUUCGCGGGUGCAUGGCUCGCCACGUUCACCGCGCCCUAUUUCAUCAACCCCGACGCGCUGAACUGGGGACCUGAAUACGGUUGGAUCUGGGGCCCCUCGUGCUUGAUCACCGUAGCGUGGAUCUGGAUGUACCUCCCCGAGAUCAAGAACAGGACUCUCGAGGAGAUUGACGAGAUGUUUGAGGCGAGGCUGCCCGCGAGGAAGUUUAGGAAGUAUGUUUGUACCGGGCGACAUGUUUCAGAGGAGAAGUUGGCGAGGAAGAGCACGGAGGAGCAGGUUUGGUCGAGUGAGAAGGCGGUUGCGGAGGCGGCGGUGCAUAUUGAGUGA